CCUUUUAAGUAGCAAGGAAAACGCGGGAAUUGAUGAAAUGGCGACAUUGAAAACAAAUUUUUAUGAUGGUGCAUUUGAUCUGCAAUAAACGACAAUUUCAUUUUACCUUUGAAGUGCUGUUGUCUGUGGUCAGUUGUUGUUCUGUGGUUGUGAUAUGCCCUGAGAAAAAUGAUUGCAGAAAAAGAGAUUCUAAAACAACUUGAUUAUUCAUCAAGUGAAGAAGAGUUCAUUGAGUAUGAUGACUCAAAAGAAAAUUCUGCUAACCUGAACUUGAGGAAAUCAAAAAUAGGCCAGUUUCAAAGCAAAGCAACAUCAAACAAAAGAAAAUCAAAGAGAAGUACUCACAAGGAUAGAAAGAAGAUUGAGGAGAAAAAGGAUGUGAUGAGCAACCACAGAGCUUCAAGGACUGUUAUCGAUACUGCUGCGUCAAGAGAUUUGAAAAAUCCACCAGUUCCUAAAACCGGAUACAUCACAAGUGGAAGACUUACGACUGGAAUAAGAGGCAUUUUCGGAAACUCAAAGUCAUCAAAUUUGGUCAAAAGAAGAGGCAAGAUAUCCAAUAUUGAUAUAAGCAGACGUAAGAUUCCUGAAGAAGUCAGAGACCGAGUCAAUCAGAACCUAGAACGAAUACUGAAGAAUGCAUCUUUUGAUAUUCAGAAAUCUGCCGCUGAACAUAGUACCCAUGGCUUGCUGUCAGAUGAGGAAGACAGGCAACCACCUGUCCUGGCUGAAAACAGAGCAGCGCAAAAACGGCCAAGCAGGGUGUGCAAUCCAAGAAAAAGUAAUGGAUCUACCUCGGCCUGUUCAUCGUCGACGUCUGGACAUUCAGUUAUCACACCACCAUCGCAACUUUCAAGUGAGAUCCCAUACAAAGAAAUCAGCAGGCGCCUCAAAGAGCCCUUGAAGAUUUCACAUCUUUUCCCCGGAAAAUCGUAUUUGGAGGAAAUACGGGAAGAAAUUGUCAAAUGCUUCAAGCAAAAGGUGUCAAUUCUCCAUGAUGAGGAAAAAGCAUCAGCUCAGAAAACAACACCGGUUUCAAGGCAACAAAAUAUUAGUCUAACGAGCGUUACAAAGCAAAGGUUUCACGACUUGUCAAGCACAAGAACUUGUGAUCAACUUGACAAGAGUUCGAACGAGGCUCAGGUCAUCAUACCUUCAGAAAGAGCCAUUACAGAAGCUAAUACUGCAAUGGAGCGCUCUGCUCUUAAAGGCCUUACGAACGUCGUCCCUUCCACUGAUGCUGGAAAUACACUACCUUUUUGUGGCAUUGAAAACACUGACCGUCAUCUUUCUCUGCCAUUCAACGAGAUCCAGGCAGCCGAUGGACCUGUUUUCUCCGGGCAGGGAUUCACAAUACUCACAACAGUGACUCAUCCAACUAAACAUACCUUAUGCACUUUCAACAAUCCUCAAAAUUUCGUCUUACAAGAGCAUGCUAGACCUUCGUCAACAAAUCCCACAUCUCACAUCAGCAAUAUACCCCAGCAGCAACAACCACUUCUGCAUGAUUCAGGAACAUAUUCAUCAGAAUCAACUGCACGUGACUACAAACGGAGCAGCAGCAGCAACACUAACAUGAGGCGAAUCGAAGACUCUCAAAGUCCUUUUAUGCCUGGUUUUAACAAUGGAUUCCUCCCUCGUCGCCGAGGUAGCAGAGACAGUCGUAAAAGUUUUCCUUUCAUUGACUGCAACCAACUCCUUGAUCACGACUAUGCGCACCAUUCAAGUACUUUAGAUAUCCUGCACUAUGCAGGGACUGUUGAUAAUGACAUGCUUAUGACAAGUGCUAUAGAAGAAGAUGAUCACAACAGUUGUUCAAAGGCUCACGUUUAUGUACCAACUUUGAAAAAACCUUGCUUAGACACUCCUUCGCCGCCGAUCCAGUUUUACCGGAGAAAAAUGUUCUAAUAUGAUUUUAGCUUCUUUGAAUUUUAUUAACAGAAUUAUCAAAGUUAAUAAUAGAUUCUCAAUAAUUGUGAAUUAUUUAUUUAGAGAUGUAUAUUCAAAAAUCAAGGCAAUUGAUCUUAAAGAGAAAUGUAUGAGGUUAAACUCAAGACUCGUAUAAAAGAUGAAGGAAUCCCUUACCAAUGGACCAAAGCCUUCACUUCUUUGCCCGUAUGUCUAAUGCUGUUUUGCAUCCCUUUUUUCCGUUACUGUUAACGACAUCAUCAUCCGUUACUUAUUGCCCCACUGGAAGGAAAAUAACUUUGCAAAAUUUCAUUUCUCAGGAUGAGUUUUAAAAUUUCGUGAUAAACCAAAGAUGGCUCAGUUUUGAUUUGACACUCCAAUGAACAUUAAGUGAAUUGAAAAGUUAGGGCUGAGACCCCCUUGCUAAAAUUCAGAGAGAUUUUGCUGGCUCAGCCCUAGUCCCUAACACGCCAGGAUAUGUUUGAUUAGGCAGAUCCUUAUUUUUCAACUUUAACUAACCCUCUAUUAUACUAGUAAAUGUUCUAUGACUGAGCCAUUUCUAUCAGCCUUUUAGUAUCUUUGAACAGUCACAAUGUUUUUUCAUACACAACAGAGAAUCUUUAACAAAAAUGCUCGAAUAAAGAGUAUGACUGUGAUUUUGAGUGUUGCUUGUGGAAGAUACCUACAACACAGGUCCCCUCCUAAAUUUUUAGGACGGCGCCCUGUAAAAAGUUGCUCGAAGAGUCAAAGAUUGCAUGAAUCUGAAGCAACAAUACUUAAAAACAGUAACUUUCUAGUUUUCCUACACCAUAGUUUUUCCACUGACUUUCUUGUGUUAUCUUCAUAACAUUUAGUUUGUUGAAUUUCCGUCAUGUAGAACAGAUCGCAGUUAUUUUUGUUAGAUUAUACACGACACGCGAUAAUAAACGUGUAAAUUGCAUAUAGAUUACAUAACAAAUAUCAUAUCUGGAGGUAGGCUGGCUAUUCGUAAUGGAAAGAGAAAUAUUAAGAUGACAAUUCCUUUCUAUAACUUAUCAUUUCCUAAAAUGUUUAACUCAUUAGGCCUCAUAAUGUUAAGGUGCCUGGAUAUUAACAGUGCUUUCGAGAUUGCAUGCAUUACCAUAACCUCUUUGCGUUUUACUCUUUUCUUAAAAAUCUAGUCAUUUCCGUUUCUUUUCAACCACUGAAAUAUUCUCCACCUUGCAUAUGUUUUAUUUGUUAUGAAGUACUUCUGGCUGUGCAAACCCAAUGGCCGUUCUAUUCUAAUACUCUCGGCAUUUUGUUUUAUUUCCAUGCAUGUAGGCAAGAGCACUUGUAAUAUGGCUGGUAAAAUCUUGGUUUAAGCUUCGAACACAAUGAAUAGAUAACGAACACAAAAAUAUAGGUGAAUGUAAUAAGGGACUUUCCAUUUGCCAGUCUUUAACUUUUAAGUCUCUAAUUUUAUUUUUGUAAUUGCAGCUGAGCAAAGCUCCGAGUUUAUUCUUCAUUUUACGUGGAAUUGUAAUUUAAAGAUUGAAUUUAUUUAUUUAUUCUGUUUUGAAUAAAAUUCAGUAAAAGUCUUAAUUUUUAGCCAAAUUUUAUGCUUUAAAAGGUAGAAAUAUCGUUGAUUUUGUCAAAAAUUUAGAUAAUCAAUAAUCCACAAUUGUAAUAUUGAAUUAUAGAUAUUAUAAACAAAUAAUUGUUUGAGUGGAAAUAAAAUGAUUAACAUUUGUUUGGGAAGCAAAUUAUCUUAAUUUUGUCUCUUCUAAAAAAUACACAACACUCAGAGAUAUGUAAAAUUAAGCCUUAUUUAGAUUUGUUUCGUUAGUUUAGUAUGGGAAGCUUGAUUAAUAUUUUAAAGGAAAAUAUUUCAACGUUCGUGUGCCAUAGUUUAGAGGCAGACGUCUGAUAUAUCUUAUGUAAAGUGAUUCCAGCGUUUUUAUGAAAAACAGAAAAUCACUUUAAAAAAUCCUUUGAUGUAAAACCUCUAUUGUAGUGGUUUUAUCUCCACAAUAUCUCUAAUUUCUUCUCUUUAAAUACUUUUCUUGGACUUGAUGUCCUCAGACACUACCCGGCCAGCUUGCAGUAUGUGUCUUCUAUCCUUCUAAGUGAUGUUCCUUUGCUUUUAUAUUACACGGUUUCAGUUACUUCUAGGGAAUUUAGGACCUCCAACGACUGUAGAAGGGGGUUAUAAACCGGAAAGCAUCGUUAUGGUAUAACUCAGUGGUUUGUUGGAUUCGACAACUUUCAAGGGCCUAAUGGCAACUUUCCCGUAAAGUGUACUUGGGUCCUUUUUUGAAUCAGUAAACAAACGUUCCUUGGAUACAUGCCUGCAUAAAUAUUCAAGUAAACUGCAUUGAUUGUAAUCGAUAACCAAUAAAACGAUCUUACGAAGUAUUCCUAUUGGAUGUAUAUUCAGAAUUUUAAAUAGUAGUAAAUUUUUUGUUAAAAUAGACAAUUGAAGGAAUGAUUCAGAUUUGACUUUCAAUUUCAAACCAACUGCCCAUAUAAUUCGCUAUUCCAACAUGGAUCUCAGUUAAAUAGAUAGCUGUUGUUUUUCUGGGGAAUUACUUCAAGACCAAAUCUACGGAUUGCUGUUGUGGACAUUCAGUUCAGUCGUAUGAAUUAUUAAUAACUAAAGCUAUGGUUUUAUUGCUAGCUGGGUCAUUAUGUGGAGAUAAUGAAUUCGGAACUAAGAUAAAACAUUAUUGCUUUCAUUUGGCAUUGUUACCAAAUCCUAGCAUUAACAUAUCAGCUUAAUAGGACUUCUGGUUUAAACUUGCUUUGCACAAAUUUACUGUAUAAGGACCAAAUUUCUGCAAUUAUAAUUAUUAAAGUUUCAUAUUUCUUUCAAUAGGAGGACAGCGAGUGUAAUUGAAAACUGAUGAAUCAUCGACAGAAGACUAAAAAACAGCUGCUAAUCGCGUUUGUUAUUCUUAUAAUUCUUCUCAACCUUGAUUUUAAACAUACUAAAAUGCGUGCGGUACAAUAUGAUGUUUCGAGCAUAGCCCGUUAUCAAGUCAGAUGACUUGAUAACGGUCUAUGCUCGAAACGUCGUUAAUUAUUUUAAAAAAAUUUUCCUGGUACAAUUUACUUACAUUGAUCGUUAUUUGAAUUUAAACGUCUGUAAAAGUGUUUGUAUGUUUCAGUGAUUUUUGUUUUACAUACUGAUCUAGACUGUGAUUACGUCAUAGAGCCUGGGGAGAGGCAGUACGUACCUUCUCAGCUUGAAGUACGUAGGCCUGCUUAGUGAGGGGACAAAGAGACGGAUUUCUAUGGACCCUUAGCUGAGAAGGGUCAUGAAAAUUUAAGAUAAGACUUUUUUUAUUUUAUAAUUGCAUAAUACUUUAUUAUGCUCAACUAUCACCAUGUAGACGUGGGAUAUAAUGAUGUCCAUUUGCAAUGCCUUAAUAUCCCAUCAGGCUAUUGGCUGAAGGGAGCUAAUACUUAAGCCUUCAAGUGUAACGUUCCAGCCAUCUGUAAUUUACAGUCUAAGGUAUGCCUACCUAUUUCGAGAGCCUUGUUGCUGACGGCAUACUCUCUUCACCCUCUCCUGAGUUGAUGCAUUUUGCAAUGUAAUAGGAUAGUCUUGCCACUUGUAAGUGAUUGUAGAUAUGUUGCCUCUUUUGUUCUUUUUACGUUGCGGACAAAGGAACUCUUUAGAAGCCUGCUUGUAGCCCCCACUGUUUCAGCUACGUCAUUGAGGUGAAUCAUUGAGAAAUGUGGCUCUGCUAAUAAACAAUUCAAUUCAAUGACGUUAUCGGGACAGUAGGCGCCUAAAGCCGGCUUCUAAAGAUGUGCUUUGCAGGGACUACAAGCAGCUACCUUCGGUAGAAAUAAAUUUAGUGAUCUUUGGUUCAUUGAGCAAAUGUAAAAAGAGUUUUAGAUGUAUAUUGAAUUACGGCCCAAGCUCGAAACUCAUGGUAAUAGUUUGUUGUAAUAGCAGUAUUGAAUGUACAGCACUGAUCUCAAAAAAAGACUGGAUCGAACAACCUAUUGUUCUCCAACAUCAGCACGAGGAAGCGAUCGAAUCUCUCCAUCUUGAGACCUCUCGCGCCUAGAGCUUUGUGCUGCCAUUUGUUAAAAUGGUGCACACACAGGUCUGCACUUUAAAUUGCGCAUUAAUCAUCAAAUCCUUAAAUAUUCUAAGAUACAACAGGCCUAGGAAGAGUGGAUUCUCCGUUACAUAAGUUUAAUACCACGGCAAAAAUUUAACGUCAUUUACAAAUACUGCAAGUUUUUGUUUCAACGGUUACUUUUAAUUUUGCUAUGAAAAAGCAAGUUGAACUAAAACCAAUAUGACUGCACUCUAGUCUCAUACAACACAGCGAGGUCUCAAGAUGGACGCUGCAAUGUGGAAUCAACGCUGGGCUGGAGAAGCUCGAUCCAGUCUUUUUUUAGAUCAGUGAUGCACACAGGUUUACAUAAAAAACUAUAAAGAUUGCUUAUCAAAAUGAUCAUAACGGUACUUACUAUACGAUGCAAACUCGUAAACGUAUAUUUCAAAAGGUAUUGCUCAUGCGGCAUUUUUCUGUUAAAUCGAAAUUAACAUAAAACGCAAAUUACUGAAAACUCAUUAUAAUCUUCCCUUGCCGCUAGCUCUUAUUCAAUAACCAAAUUUAUUGAUUUUACUAACUGUUAUGCCCUUCAAUGAAUAAGUGGAUUUGUUUUGUAAAUAUUAGUGUACCAUACCUGAAUAUUGGGCUAUGGCAUGAUGUGCUAUACUUAUUUAAAUUAAAAUCUCUUUACAUUAAGGUUCGGGCAUCGUUAAAAGCAACAGAAGCAGCGAGAUCACACUGGCAAUGAUUUCAAGAAAGAACUAAGUUGUUCUAAUAACACGCGCCUAUCGAAGACUGAGAAGCUUUUUGAAAUUGCUUAGCUGAAAAGAGAAUACUUUUCUUUAAAAGGUU